AUGUCGUUCUUCUUUCUUUCUUUGGCCCCCACCGAUUUGUCGCUUCAUCAAUUUUCUCUCAGGGCUAUUCUUCUACGUAACAAGAUUAAAUGGGCACAAGAAGACUGUGUUGCGUCAAGCAUCAACUUGGGGAGGGCAUUCUUUUAUUCGUCUCUCCUUCAACCUUCGUUUUUUAUUCAUUGUUUCUUCGCAUUUUUAUUUAUCUUCCAUUUUUUUUUUGUCUUUACUUGUGUUUCCUUAUUUUCUUCUUCCACUCAAUUUGCGAUUCUUUCAUCUUUUUAUUCCGUCUGUCCAAACUUGUAUUUCUUCCGUUCCAUUCAUGCGAUCAUUCCUGCUUUCAAGAAUCCAUCCACUUUCUCUCGCUUUGAUAAUAGCAUGGAAAUAUCGCCUCCGUCCAUUAUACGUCUUUCUUUCUUUCUUUCUUUCUUUCUUUCUUUCUUUCUUUCUUUCUUUCUUUCUUCAUUCCUUUCUUUCUUUCUUUCUUCAUUCUUUUCUUUCUUUCCUUCUCAUAACUUCAUUCUUUUUCUGUCACAUCUCUCUGCUGACGAAUAA